UGGUUUGGACUUCAGACUCAGACAGACUCAGAUAUAAAGCUACAACACACUAACAUCUGCGCACUCUUGAGUCAGAGAUGGACACCUGGGCUUUUCUAAGCAUUCUGCUAGCGAUCACGCAUUAUGUGUCAGGGCAGAGUACGAUAAGAUGGUGCACUAUUUCUCCUGCGGAGGAGUCCAAAUGUAAAGCAAUGGCUCAGGCCUUCACCAGUGCUGCAAUUCGACCAGCGCUACAGUGCGUCCGCGUCUCAUCUAAAGCCGAUUGCGCUCAAAAACUAACCAAAAAAGAAGUUGAAGCCUUUUCAGCUAGUGCUAACGAAAUAUACGACAUUGGCAAGCAUGCCAGGUUCAAAAUUGCAGCUGGAGAAUCUGGAGCAGAUGGGAAAGGAAUAACAUACUACGGUGUUGCUGUGGUUAAAAGGGCAAAUUCAGCCAUCAACAUCAACAAUCUGAAGGGGAAGAAGUCUUGUCACACUGGCAAGCACCGCACAGCUGGCUGGACUGUCCCUCUGGGGUAUUUGAUUGACAGUGGAAUGAUGUCAGCCAUGGGCUGCAACAUCCCUCAAGGGGUUGCUGACUUCUUUAACGCCAGCUGUAUCCCGGGGGCUAAAGAUGACCCUGCGUCCCUGUGUCAGCUGUGUGUGGGAGAUAAAACAGGAAACUAUAAGUGUGACGAAAGCAUUGAAGAGCAGUAUUAUGCAUAUAAUGGAUCAUUCAGGUGCUUGGUUGAGAAUGCAGGUGAUGUCGCCUUUGUGAAGCACACAACUGUAAGCGAGAAUACUGAUGGUCAGGGCGAAUCAUGGGCUCAAGGCUUGCACUCUGAGGACUAUCAGCUCCUGUGUCGGGACGGCACCCGCAGUCCAGUCAGAGAUUAUGAGAAAUGCCAUCUUGCUCGAGUCCCAUCGAGGGGGAUUGUUGUCCACACUGACAUCAGCAGUUCAGUGGUUUACAACAUGUUGCGUGAGGGACUGCAAAAGUCUGGGUUCCCCAUGUUCUCCUCAGCAGGCUUUGAUGGAACAAACUUGUUGUUCAGUGACGCUUCAACCACAUUUAUCCAAGCUGGAAAUGAAAACUACAUCGAAUGGAUGGGCCAAUACUAUUACAUACUGAGAGCUAUGGACUGCUUAGAGUCAGAUGUUCCCUCUCAACUACGCUGGUGUGUCCUGUCUCAUGGAGAGCAGCAAAAAUGUACAGACAUGGCUGUGGCUUUCAAAAGCAAAAAUUUGAUUCCUGAUAUUCAGUGUAUCUAUGGUGCAUCUGUGGAGGACUGUAUGAAGAAAGUACAAAACAAGGAAGCUGAUGCCAUCACUCUUGACGGAGGUUACAUCUACACAGCGGGGAAGAGUUUUGGUUUGAUACCUGCUGUUGGGGAGAGCUAUACAGGAGACACUGACGGAAGUAUUUAUUAUGCUGUGGCUGUGCUGAGGAGGAGCAACAGAGACAUCCAGAGAUUCAGUGACCUCAAGAGCAAGCGCUCCUGUCACACAGGUUUUGGAAGGACUGCAGGCUGGAACAUUCCCAUGGGUCUGCUAAUAGAAAAAGGCAUCAUCAGACCGCAGACAUGCCAAGUGGCCCAAGCGGCUGGGGAGUUCUUUGAAUCAGCCUGUGUACCUGGAGCCAAUCAGAAAGGUUUCCCCAGUAACCUGUGUGAGCAGUGCAUUGGAGACUCCAGUGGUCAGAACAAGUGUGAAAAAGGAAAGGACCUAUACGAUGGUUACGAUGGAGCCUUCAGGUGCCUUGUUGAAGAUCAUGGUGAUGUGGCCUUUGUCAAACAUUCCACUGUAUUCCAGAACACGGAUGGAAACAAUACAGAUUUUUGGGCGGUACACCUGGAUUCCCGUGAAUUUCAGCUGCUUUGUUCUCAGGAGUCUCGUGCUGAAGUCACUCAGUACACUAAGUGCAACCUGGCCCGUGUCCCUUCUCACGCUGUUAUGAUAAGACCCGAUACCAACCACCACGUCAUCUUUGGCCUCCUGGACAAAGCCCAGAAUUUCUUUGGAGUUAAUGCUGCCUCAGGCUUCAAUAUGUUUGACUCCAAACCCUAUGAGGGAUCCGACCUGAUUUUCAAGGACUCAACUAUCACUUUAAUUGGCGUGGGAGAGAGGAAGACUUAUGAGGAGUGGCUUGGCCAGAGCUACCUGGAUGCCGUAAUAGCCAUGGAGUGUUCAGCUUCAUCAACAGUGUUUUCCUCAUCCUCACUAUUGCUGAUGUCCAUUAUGAGCUUCCUAGUGUCUCUGUUGGCUUUGUAGCGGGUCUGCCAGCCACAGCAGGGGUCCCGGCGACUUCAUCCCUUCUUGACUCUGACCUUCAUACACAUGCUGAUAUUUCUAUUAUUUAGAUGAUUCAAGUUCAAAUAAAACGGCUAAAUCUAAAACUACAAUAUGCUUAAGCAAUAGCAAUGCCUUUUAUCUGGGAUUGUAAUGGUACAUAGUACAUAGUACGCUUCUAGUACGGCUGAUAAGAUAAGUGGGUCUAGGACAAU